UUUAAUUUUCAGCCGUCAGAGCAGACCAUCUUCCUCAGUCAGUCCUCCAGAUUAGGCCAUGGAACCAGACCACAACGGCAGUCCAUAAGGUCCGCCCCAGAUCAUACCACCACAAUAGACAAUCAGACGAGUCUCAGAUCCGGCCACAGAUCAGACCAUGCAUCAACUCCGACAUCAGACCAUCGUCAGACCAGACCACCAGAUCAGAUCAGCCCACAGACUACCAUCCAUGGCUGCUCCACUUCAAAUCAGCACAGCACACCCAACCUCGUGAAAUGGUACAGGUCAGGUGCAUUGUUUGUGGGUUGGGUGAAGGGGGGUAUAUAGAGCUCUGGUUGAACCUUGCAAAGCAUACUUUCCACACACGUUCGGCCUGAAGUUUUCGGACAUUUUUUCCGGCUUAAAUUAACUGUAGUUAGAUCAGUUAGCGGGGCGCCCUGGGCUGGUAAGGGCCUCCCCUUCCCUUUUUGAUUAGUUGGGUUCCUUUGCAGGUGUUCGGUCAGCGACUAAAGUUCGGCUUUUAGGAUUCGGCUCGGUUUCUAGGAAAAGGUUCGACUGCGUUUUUUUCAUCUUUUGCGGAUGGACUCAUCGCCUUUUUUCGUCGUCGUCGUCGUCGUCACUGCAGUCUCCCGCUUAGUUGCGCCAAAUUCAAUUCAUUACACUUCACUUGAUAGUCAUUGCGCUGGGCAAGUGAAGCAUUCACUCGCAAGGUUCAACCAGACAGUUAUUAUUUUAAGAAGAAACUUUAGUAAACUAGAGACAUAAGACCAUUCAGCUACUGCAGUGAGAGGACCUCAUUUGGCCUCCACUUACAGGCUCAGUGGUCUCUCUGGUCACAGGUAGAUAGUCAGGUUAGUCUCGCAAAUUCGAGUCUGCCCCCACCUAUACCAAUUUGACUUUUCAUGUUAAACAGUGCGAAUGCAAAGCGAACAUUUUUGAUGCGCGUCGAUUUUUCAGACUUCGAACUUGUGAGGGUAGAUCAGUUGACAGGUUUAGUCUUACAAAGAAGGUAAUCUGCGAUCAGGCGUUUCUUCCCGCGAACAGCCAACACCUUUUUGCAGUUUGCCAGGGCAACAUGGGACAAUCCACACACCACAGGCUAGAUCGUUUACAAAUGGUAAGCGUAGGAAGUAUUCGAGACCAAUCUACGACGCAGUUUCAUCACUGGAGGAGCACGAACAAGCCGAUUGGCAUUUAGCAACGUUAGUAGCCUGCAAAGUGAUUACAAGAAUGCUACUAGGCCGAAUAUUUCGGGGAAACACAUGUGAAGGCCCACCAUACCUUGAUAUGCGUGUUCCUGAAUGGCAUUCAGGUGAAAACCUCGCAGGUUAUAGAUAGUUUUUCAAAGGCCACAGAAAUAGCAGGAGAGGAUACUCUGGCGUGGCAUCAUUAACAUUAAGACAAUUUAGUUUGUCUUUCUGUUAAUUUUUCCUUGCUGGAGAGUUUUCUUCUUAGGAAGUCCUGCAUUGCACUACGCAGGCACAGAUCGUCUACAAAUGGUAGGCGUACGUAGUCUUCACGUCGACCGUUCGUGGCUAUUGGUUUCCUAGUCUUCAUCCGAGAGUGGCCUGCAGUGUUCUACCCCCGACAAUUCUUGAAGUACUUCAUGACAGGGAGUGAAUCCUAAAGCAGCACUGAUUUCCAUUCGUCUCUUUUCGGUUUUCGAUUCGACUUUUGAUCCGAUUCCCUGAUUUUCCCUGAAUCUUGUAACAAGAAAUGGUUGCUUUUGUAAAUGUGAAUAAAAUGCUUUGGAUCGUAUGCUUGAUCGUGUUGUGUGUGAUUGAAUUGUAAUUCCAUUGCUACAUCAAGGAAAGAGGCCGGCCGAAGAAAGAAGAACAAAGAAUCUCCAGAUGUACAGAAAGAUAGUCCAGUUUAUUAAGUAGACGAGGUAGCUGCCUUUGCGGCGAUGAGUUGAGAAGAAACGCAUAGGACCAAACCAGACAAUGAUGAUGAUGACGGGGAUGAUGAUGACGACGACAAUGAUGAUGAUGAUCGCUUGCACUAAGACGUCGUUCUGCUUCUACUAAAGUUAUUUUAUUUACCGUUGAUUUAGGUUCAUAAUUGAACUGAAGAAAAUCACUGUAAAAUGUAAGUUGGCUAUUUUGCAAACAGAAGCCGAUGACAUCAUAGUGAAAACGACUUCAUCAUUAGGAAGGCGAGGUAAAGAGAGAGGAGACAGCAUAAAGCAAUAACUUAAAUAAGCUGUCUUAACUAACGUUGAUAUCUGUAAUAAAUGGCCCAUAUUCACUCCCCCCAACACUUUUCGAAUUUGUUGAUGUCUGAUACCUUGUUCCGCGGUUGUUAAACUCGCAUAGUUUAAUGUUAGUUGAGACAGCCACCAAUAUGUUAUAAUUAAAAUUUAAUUGGCCGGCCGAACUUCACCUUUGGGCAACUUCACCUCAUCAUGCACCUCUACGACUUCUUCUUUUUUUUGGAUUGUGGAUGCCAGUCUUCUUGGUCUUUUGGUGGAGAAACAUGACAGUUUACAGCAGCCCAUAUAAGGUAGGGCUGAUUUAUGCUGGUACAAAUUUUGCGCAAAGCUGACUCGUUCGGUCAAAAAUAGGAAAAUCGGCUUAUUGAGUUUCCUCGUAACGCUUCGUUUGUAAGAAUUAAGGUUCGUAGCUUAUGUAAACUUUGCACCACAUCGAUCAGCCCAAGUAAUAAUCCAAUGUGGCACAAGGUAUGUGGAAUUUUUUUUUAUAUUUUAGGCGAUUAGAUUUUCGGUUCGGUCCAUUCGUCUUUUCUCGGUUUGCGAUUCGACUUUUGAUCUGAUUCCGCAUUCGGCUUCAAAAACUGUGAAGGCUUGGUAUAGACAAAGUUUCCAUAGCAGGCCGCCAAAUAUCCCUGCGUACCGUUCGGGGGACCCUGGUGUGUUUCAUUCGAGGUGUCAAGGUUUUAUGGACGCAUGUCACACUCCUCGGUCUUGCUCGGACGUCAAAUUCUAAGACGCGCACCCCAUCUAUAUAGACUAAUUAAUUUCUGUAAUCAGCAAACACAAUUUAAUAAAAACACUUCAUCUAAUGUGUUGUCUGUGUGGUUUUUCUUUUACUUGAAAGCUAAAUCUUUAGGUAAUGAAUUUUAAGUACUAAUGAUGAUUUAAUUUGCAGGUUUAUUAUUAAAUAAUUGUUGUAAUAACGGCAAAUGAAUAAAACAAAAAUAAAACACUGUGUUGUGAGUGUGAUAUCUUUUAACUACGCACAUUAAGUGACACCGAGUGUCGCAUUCGCGUGUUUGCUAUUAAAACACAAAUGACUAACUCAUUUAAUUUCAGGUGCGUUGGAAAUCGAUAAUUUUUUUUUCGGACUCCUCCGCCACUUUUUGGCUGGGGUGAAUGGACUCACAUUUUAGGGCGCGCCCUCUCAAGAUGACUUUUUUCUGACCAUUGUACUGCGUUUUGGAUGCGUUCUUGAAGAAACGCAUGGCACUAGCUACUUAUUUUGAAGACGUAUACGUGAGGUACUGAAGGAAGGGCAGGAACAUUGAUAUUAAGGUUAAUGUGAUUGAAUUGUACGUGGUUAAAAGUUGAUGAAAAAUAAAGUUUAAAAAACGAAAGUUAUUUCGUCAGCUUGUCUGUUUUUUUGUUUGUUAUUUAAACCAGCACUAACAAAUUUAGAUAAAUUAGAUUAUGUUGUAACGGAGUUGCUUCUGAGGAAAAAAAUAAAGUGUGACCAACACAUUGCCGUUUCAUCAUUGUAUUUUUUCUUUAAACCAGUAGUAAAUAAUUAAAAAGUUUCAUUUCAGGAACUUCGUACAUCGUUUUUUACAUCUUUUUUUGCUCGAACAUCGCCUCCUCGAAGACGUCUUUUUGGGCGCGCCCUCUGAAGACCGACAACAGCAAACUAAAUGCAUGUAACGUAUGCUCUCUAGAAGCUCACUUGGAAGUUUUUUUGGCUGCGUUCCUGAAGAAACGCAUGCCGAUGCUGAUUACGACUGGAAAACAAGUCAAAGUUCUAAAGGUAAAACAGAUCUGUUUAUGCUUUACCUGUUAGAUUAUCUCUUUGGGUUUCAGAUUUAGUACAUGAAGUUAGCGUUCGACAGCAGCGUCCAAGAGGCAAGGAAGAGUGAAACGGAAGGUGAGUACUUUAAAUUUGAUUGUGCUGAUACGUGCCCUUAUCUCCGGAUGAUACUAAAACUUAUUCGUUCACACCCUAGUAGGAUUCAAAACUACGAGAUUUCUUUAUUUACUGGUGCUCCUAGUGUACCAAAGAAUGCAAUUUUCAAGACUUGGAAUUCUAAAUGAUGUUCGGCUGAAUUCGAAUCUGUUUGAUGAUAGCUGACAGUGGGAAAUGGAUUCUGCGAUUGGUUUCCAAGUGUGCAACAAAGCCAGUGUGUUGAUGUUAUUUAUUGAUUCUGUUUGUAAAAAAUAUUUCAUUUAGGUCGCAGACGUCCAGCAGUGAUAUUGUCCAUCAGUAGUGAUGUGCAACCCGUAAGUACAAGAAUAUAGGAAACCCUUCGUCUUCAAGAAGUUAAACAAGCAUACCCACAAAAUGUGCUCCUACUGCAGCAAAAUUCGUAACUUUAUAGGUAAAUACUAUUUUCCAGUGGGAUUCCAACCCACGAACAAUUUUUUUUUGCUUUAUCAGGAAGCAAAUGGAGAUGAAAGGUUAAUGAGGUACAAACUCCAGGAUAUGUGAGAGAAGCUGCAUACUUUAAAAUUUAUUUUCAACUGCCCUGUUAAAACUGUUGCUUUGAUAAUCUGUUUGAAGACGCUUUUUGUUCAGGUCAGUGCAAUUCCAGAAGUUAUUUCCAACCCGCAGUCGUGGCCGGCCCAUUGACAUUGUGAUUUUAGCACGUGACCCUAGCUACUAGGUCCGAGGUAAGUACUUGAAAGGUAAAAUAUGUUCACCCAAGUAUUCUGAAAGGAAAUGAAAUGAAGCUUUUGAUUAUCAUUUCAAGGCAUGACUUUCACUCUUAUAAUCAUCGUAUCAGAAUCUCUACAAAGAUAAUUAAAAAAUGUCACGUUUAAAUGGAAAACAAAUCCAAGAGGUCAUAUCUGAAACAACGGUUUGGCUACCACGUAGAUAGACAAAAACGUAAAGGAGGAACAUCCAAGGAUUAAAAAGGACCGGAUCAUUGACAGAAUAAUAAUAGCAAUAAUAGGCUCUUGCUGAGUAACAAACAUAUUCUUGAUAAGCUAAAUAUCUUGUGCUUGAGAUCUAUUUUGUACAGAUCCAGAAGAGUUCAGAUGUUGGGCCUCGUCAGGUCUGCAGUCAGUGGCUUGGAAAUUAUUUGGAGGAGCCUUGGUUAACUCGACAGAGGCAAGUUCAAUCUUUCUCCUUCUAAAUUGCAAAGAAUAGACUUAAAGAAAUUUGGCUGGGAUCCAAACCGUGCGGAAAUUUUAGAAGUGUUGUAUGGAAUUAGCUGGACUAAACAUAUGCUAAGACUGCAAUAAUAAAGUAGUAAAAGUGCUUAGCUAAACCUUUUUGCUGUCUGACGUUUCACUAAAUUUGCAAGUCGUCCUAAGUUUCUUUUCUAGCAAGAUUUAGGGGCAGUCUGACAAGGCACCGUCAGUGAGUAGAGGGCUGGUAAAUGUCUGACAACUAUUGCGUCGAUUAUGAUGAUUAUUAGACAUUGUAGUCAUUACCUGUCUUCUCUUUUGGCUACGAUCCUACAGCUAAUUUUUGAAAUCAGCGCAACCUACAAAUUAGUUUGUUAUCUGCUAGCAGAUAACUGACUAAUCUGCAGGUUGCGCAAGCAAUGUAUGAUUUCCACUAACAACGUCAAUUCAGGUUCCUUGCCACGGUGGGAUUGUCGUUAUUUUCGUCAAAACAAUGUAUGUUAAAACAAUUAUUGCAUUAGGUUUUUCCACAUUGUAUGAUGUCACUGCAUCACGCGCGAUAUCCGCGCGAAAAUAUUGCAGCCGAGCCUGGAAUGUUGCCAUGGUGAUGAACAUUGCAAUUUACGAUUCUUAGUACAAAUGGAAAAGAUUCGAAAAGAUCGUCAGCACAGCUCCGUAUUACUUUGAUUGAGUCUUUACAAACCUUUCCAGGGCAUGAGAGUUUUCAAUUGCAACUGAAUUUGAAAAAUGAAGUAUUUCCGUAUUUUUUUCUUCGUUUCUCUUUACGUAGCUCUCUGAAUUAUUGAGACCCUUCUCAUUAGUAUUAGCUUCUCAUAUUUUUCAUUUUCAGCCGUCAGAGCAGACCAUCUUCCUCAGUCAGUCCUCCAGAUUAGGCCAUGGAACCAGACCACAACGACAGUCCAUAAGAUCCGCCCCAGAUCAGACCACCACAACAGACAAUCAGAUGAGUCUCAGAUCCGGCCACAGAUCAGACCAUGCACCAACUCUCGCAUCAGACUAUCGUCAGACCAGACCACCAGAUCAGAUCAGCCCACAGAUUACUAUCCAUGGCUGCUCCACUUCAAAUCAGUACAGCACACCCAACCUCGUGAAAUGGUACAGGUCAGGUGCAUUGUUUGUGGGUUGGGUCAAGGAGGGUAUAUAGAGCUCUGGAUGAACCUUGCAAAGCAUACUUUCCACACACGUUCGGCCUGAAGUUUUCGGACAUCAUCUCCGGCUUAAAUUAACUGUAGUUAGAUCAGUUAGCGGGGCUCCCUGGGCUGGUAAGGGCCUCCCCUGCCCUUUUUGAUUAGUUGGGUUCCUUUGCAGGUGUUCGGUCAGCGACUUCAGUUCGGCUUUUAGGAUUCGGCUUGGCUUCUAGGAAACGGUUCGACUGCGUUUUUUCAUCUUUUGCGGAUGGACUCAUCGCCUUUUUUCGUCGUCGUCGUCGUCACUGCAGUCUCCCGCUUAGUUGCGCCAAAUUUAAUUCAUUACACUUCACUUGAUAGUCAUUGCGCUGGGCAAGUGAAGCAUUCACUCGCAAGGUUCAACCAGACAGUUAUUAUUUUAAGAAGUAACUUUAGUAAACUAGAGACAUAAGACCAUUCAGCUACUGCAGUGAGAGGACCUCAUUUGGCCUCCACUUACAGGCUUAAUGGUCUCUCUGGUUACAGGUAGAUAGUCAGGUUAGUCUCGCAAAUUCGAGUCUGCACCCACCUAUACCAAUUUGACUUUUCAUGUUAAACAGUGCGAAUGCGAAGCGAACAUUUUUGAUGCGCGUCGAUUUUCAGACUUCGAACUUGUGAGGGUAGAUCAGUUGACAGGUUUAGUCUUACAAAGAAGGUAAUCUGCGAUAAGGCAUUUCUUCCCGCGAAGAGCCAACACCUUGUUGUAGCUUGCCAGGGCAACAUGGGACAAUCCACACACCACAGGCUAGAUCGUUUACAAAUGGUAAGCGUAGGAAGUAUUCGAGACCAAUCUACGACGCAGUUUCAUCGCUGGAGGAGCACGAACAAGCCGAUCGGAAUUUAGCAACGUUAGUAGCCUGCGAAGUGAUUACGAGAAUGCUACUAGGCCGAAUAUUUCGGGGAAACACAUGUGAAGGCCCACCAUAACUUGAUAUGCGUGUCCCCUGAAUGGCAUUCAGCUGAAAACCUCGCAGGUAAUAGAUAAUUUUUCAGAGAACCCCGGAAUAGCAGGAGAGGAUACUCUGGCUUGGCAUCGUUAACAUCAAGACAAAUUAGCUUGUCUUUUCGUUAAUUUUGCCUUACUGGAGAGUUUUCUUCUUAGGAAGUCCUGCAUUGCACUACGCAGGCACAGAUCGUCUACAAAUGGUAGGCGUACGUAGUCUUCACGUCGACCGUUCGUGGCUAUUGGUUUCUUUGCCUUCAUCCGAAAGUGUCCUGCAGUGUUCUACCCUCGACAACUCUUGAAGUACUUCAUGACUGGUAGUGAAUCCUAAAGCAGCACGCUGUCUAUUUACUUUUUUCCCUGAAUCUUGUAACAAGAAAUAGCUGCUUUUGUAAAUGUGAAUAAAAUGUUUUUGAUGGUAUGCUUGAUCGUAUUGUGUGUGAUUGAAUUGUGGGUCCAUUGCUACAUCAAGGGAAGAGGCCGGCCGAAGAAAGAAGAACAAAGAAUCUCCAGAUGUACAGAAAGAUAGUCCAGUUUAUUAAGUAGGCGAGGUAGCUGCCUUUGCGGCGAUGAAUUGAGAAGAAGCACAUAGGACCAAACCGGACAAUGAUAAUGAUGAUGAUGGGGAUGAUGAUGACGACGACUAUGAUGAUGAUGAUCGUUUGCACUACGACGUCGUUCCGCUUCUACUAAAGUUAUUUUAUUUAUCGUUGGUUUAGGGUCAUAAUUGAACUGAAGAAAAUCCCGCUAAAAUGUAAAUUGGCUAUUUUGCAAACAGAAGCCGAUGACAUCAUAGUGAAAACGACUUCAUCAUUAGGAAGGCAAGGUAGACAGAGGAGACAGCAUAUGGCAAUAACUUUAAUAAGCUGUCUUAACUAACGUUGAUAUCUGUAAUAAAUGGCCCAUAUUCACUCCCCCAACCCUUUUCAAUUUUUCAUAAAAUUUCUUAGUUACCGUAAUUCGGAAAUUAUUUGAAUUUUUGUCAUCUUUGCUGAUACCUUGUUCCGCGGUUCUAAACUCGCAAAGUCCAAUGUUAGUUGAGACAGCCACCAAUAUGUUAUUAUUAAAAUUUAAUUGGCCGGCCGAACUUCACCUUUGGGCAACUUCACCUCAUCAUGGACGUUUACGACUUCUUCUUUUUUUUCCCAAUACCUACGCCUUUUUUUUGGAUUGUGGAUGCCAGUCUUCUUGGUCUUUUGGUGGAGGAACAUGACGGUUUACAGCAGCCCAUAUAAGGUAGGGCCGAUUUAUGCUGGUACAAAUUUUACGCAAAGCUGACUCGUUCGGUCAAAAAUAGGAAAAUCGGUGCAUUGAAUUUCCUCGUAAGGUUCGUAGCUUAUGUAAACUUUGCACCACAUCAAUCAGCCCAAGUAAUAAUCUAGUGUGGCACAAGGUAUGUGGAUUUGUUUUCUAUAUAUUAGGCGAUUAGAUUUUCGGUUCGGUCUAUUCGUCUUUUUUCGGUUUCGAUUCGACUUUUGAUCUGAUUCCGUAUUCGGCUUCAAAAACUGUGAAGGCUUGGUAUAGACAAAGUUUCCAUAGCAAGCCGCUAAAUAACCCUGCGUACCGUCCGGGGACCCUGGUGUGUUUCAUUCGAGGUGUCAAGGUUUUAUGGACGCAUGUCACACUCCUCGGUCUUGCUCGGACGUCAAAUUCUAAGAAGCGCACCCCAUCUAUAUAUAGACUACUUAAUUUCUGUAACCAGCAAACUCAAUUUAAUAAAAGCACUUCAUCUAAUGUGUUGUCUGUGUGGUUUUUUCUUUUACUUGAAAGCUAAGUCUUUAGGUAAUGAAUUAUAAGUACUAAUAAUGAUUUAAUUUGCAGGGAUAUUCUAAAACACUUGUUGUAAUAACGGCAAAAAAAGAAAUAAAACAAAAAUAAAACACGGAGUUGUGAGUAUGAUUUCUUUUAACUGCGCACAUUUAGUGACACUGAGUGUCGCAUCAGCGUGUUUGCUGUUAAAACACAAAUGACUCACGUAUUUAAUUUCAGGUGCGUUGGAAAUCGAUAAAUUUUUUCUUUGGACUUUUCCGCCACUUUUUGGCUGUGGUGAAUGGACUCGCAUUUUUUUGGGCGCGCCGUCUCAAGAUGACUUUUUUCCGCCCAUUGUACUGCGCUGCGUUUUGGAUGCGUUCUUGAAGAAACGCAUGGCACUAGCUACGUAUUUGAAAGUCGUACCUGAGGUGCUCAAAGAAGGAGAAUAUUAAGGUUAAUGUGAUUGAAUUGUACGUAAGUAAAAGUUGAUGAAAAAUAAAGUUUAACAAACGAAAGGUAUAUCAUCAGCUUGUUUGUUUGUUUGUUUCUUUUUUUUUGUUAAUUAAACAAGCACUAGCAAAUUUACAUAAGUUAGAUUAUGUUGUAACGGAGUUGCUUCAGAGGAAAAAAAUAAAGUGUGACCAACACAUUGCCGUUUCAUCAUUGUAUUUUUUCUUUAAACCAAUGGUAAAUAAUUAAAAAGUUUCAUUUCAGGAACUUCGUACGUCGUUUUUUACAUCUUUUUUUGCUCGAACAUCGCCUCCUCGAAGACGUGUUUUGGGGCGCGCCCUGUGAAGACCGACCACAGCAAAACAGAAUGCAUGUAACGUAUACUCUCUAGAAGCUCAUUAGGAAGUUUUUCUCUGGCUGCGUUCCUGAAGAAACGCACGUCGAUGCUGAUUACGACUGGAAAACAGGUCAAAGUUCUAAAGGUAAGACAUAUCUGUUUAUGCUCUAACUGUUAGAUUAUCUCUUUGGGUUUCAGAUUUAGUGCAUGAAGUUAGCGUUCGACAGCAGCGUCUAAGAGGCAAGAAAGAGUGAAACGGAAGGUGAGUACUUUAAAUUUGAUUGUGCUGAUACAUCCUCAGAUGAUACUAAAACUUAUUAGUUCACACCCUAGUAGGAUUCAAACCUACGAGAUUUCUUUAUUUACUGGUGCUCCUAGUGUACCAAAGAAUGCAAUUUUCAAGACUUGAAAUUCCAAAUGAUGUUCGGCUGAAUUCGAAUCUGUUUGAUGAUAGGUGACAGUAGGGAAUGGAGUGUGCGAUUGGUUUCCAAGUGUGCACCAAAGCCAGUGUUUUGAUGUUAUUUAUUGAUUCUGCUUUCAAGAAAUAUUUAAUUUAGGUCGGAGACGUCUAGCAGUGAUAUGGCCCGUGCAACCUGUAAGUACAAGAAUAUAGGAAACCCUUCGCCUUCAAGAGGUUAAACAAGCAUACCCACAAAAUGACAGGGUCAUUUACCAAAAGAGUUUUGUAGGCAAAUGUGCUCUUACUGGAGCAAAAAUCGUAACUUUGUAGGUAAAUUCUCUUUUCCAGUGGGAUUCCAACCCAUGAACAAUGUUUUUUUGGUUCAUCAGUAACCGGCAAAUCGAUAUGAAACGUUAAUGAGAUUCAAACGCCAUUAUAUCUGAGAGAAGCAGCAUACUUAGAAAUUCCUUUUCAACUGCCCUGUUAAAACUGUUGCUUUUAUAAUCUGUUUGAAGACGCUUUUUGUUCAGGUCUGUGCAAUUCCAGGAGUUGUUUCCAACCCGCAGUCGUAGCCGGCCUAUUGGCAUUGGGACAGGUGACCCUAGCGACCAGAUCCGAGGUAAGUACUGAAAAGGUAACACACUUAUCCUCGGAUGCACUUAUCCUCGGAUGAUUUUACCCAAGCCUUCUGAAAGGAAAUGAAGCCUUUGAUUACCAUUUCAAGACAUGAGUUUGACUCUAAUAUUCAUCGUAUUCAAACCUCUAUCAAGAUAAUUAAAAAUUGUCAAGUUUAAAUGGAAUGCAAAUCCAUGCUAAGAGGUUAUAUCCGAAACAGCGGUUUCGCUACCACUUAGGUUGACCAAAACUCAAAGGAGGAACAUCCAAGGAUUAAAAGGAAUUAGUGGCAGAAUGAAUUUUUAAAAAACAAUGGAAAACUUUUGUUUGGAUCAGCCUUAAUCGAUGUUCUUGAGAAACUUUGCAUUUAGGUCAGAAAACUGCUGAUAGACGUCAGCGAGCGGAAAAGCAACCCUGAAGUGUCUCUUUAACUAUUACAUAGAACGUGAUUGGAACGAUCCACCUGGCAGAUCGUAGGUAAGUACAGAAGAAAAAAUACGAGCACGUCCAACCCAACCUUUCCCCCAAAAAAUACCAGGAAAGAAAACUGACGAUAAAAGAACUCACUAUGUGCAUUUUCUCCAGUUGUGAACUAAGUCACAACUAAGUCUACUAAAACUGCAUAUUGCAAAAUAGACAACAAGGACCCUCAACAAGAGGAGUCUAUGCUGGCUGUAUGUCAGGCAGUUAAUUGAAUUCCCUAGAGACAAAUCGUAACUUUCAUUUGAAGGUCCCUAAACACUUCUCCUUCAAUGGACUUCUAAUCCAUGAACUUUGCUUAACUUUGACGUUACUUCAAGCAAAUACAAGGUGUUAGUGGGAUUCAAACCUAGGCCUACUUAACUAAGAAGAGCGAAAUAUGUAAUAGGCUGUUAGUUGCUGAGUAACAAACAUCCCUUUGAUAAGCUAAAUAUCUUGUUCUUGAGAUCUAUUUUAUACAGAUCCAGAAGAUUUCAGAUGUCGCACCUCGUCUGGCCUGCAGUGAGUGGCUCUAAAAUUAUGGAAAGGAGGCUUGCUUAACUCGACAAAGGCAAGUACAAUCUUUCUCCAUCUAAUUUGCAAAGAAUAGACUUAAAGAAAUUAGGCUGGGAUCCAAACCGUGCGGAAAUUUUAUAAGUUUUGUAUGGAAUUAGCAGGAAUACUCAUAUGCUAAAACUGCAAUAAUCAAGUAGUAAAAGUGCUUCGCUAAACAUUUAUUCUGUCCGAAAUGCCGCCUUAUUUUUUUUUCUAGCGAGAUUUAGGGGCAGGCUGACGAGGCAACGUCAGUGAGGAGAGGGUUAGGUAAAUGGCUGACCCUAUUGCAUCGAUUAUGAUGAUUAUUGUACAUUGUACUCAUUACCUGUCCUCUCAUUGGCUAGGAGCCUACAGCUAAUUUUGGAAAUCAGCGCAACCUACAGAUAGGUUAGUUAUCUGCUUGUAGAUAACUGACUUAUCUGUAGGUUGCGAGCGCAGUGUAUGAUUUCCACGAACAAUAUCAAUUCAGGUUCCUUUCGUCGGGUAUGAUUGUCGUUAUUCUCUUCAAAAAAUGUAUAAUAAAACAAUUAUGAAAUUCGGUUGUCUAAUAUUCCAAAUAAUCAAGGUCUCGGUAAGUGUUAUCAGCCGAGCCUGCGGCUCGGCUGAUAACACUUACCUCGACCUUGAUUAUUCCGGAUAUCACUAAAAUCUCGUCCAAUAAUCGCUAAUUAUCUUGUUGAUUGCAAUGGUGAUGAUAAGGACGACCACGAUAAUGGUAAUGAUGAUGUCAAACAACGACGAUGAUGGAGAUGCCAUGUCUUUAUUCAACAGGGGAAAUUAUCCAUUGAAACGUUAGUAAUUUAUACGGCGUUCAAAUGCAGUAAUUUUAACUAAAACGAUACAACUUUAAUUGACACAACAGCAAAGACAACAGCUUAAUUAAAAUGCGGGUAGACUGAUUGGAAUCACAAAAGUAGAGAAACGAAAAAGGUCAAAAGAGGAAAUAAAUGUUGGAAAAUGGAGCAGAAAUGAAUUUAAAAUGACAUAUAAAUAAACGAAAAAUAAAGAAAAAACAAAUGAAUAAAUAGUGAUAAAAUAAUGAAUAAUGAAAUGUCCUGUAACAAUGAAACUAAAUAUAAAUUCAAAUUAAUAAAAAUAGGGAUAGUAAUAAUGAUCACGAUAAUGAUAAUAAUAAUAGAAAAGGAUUUAACAAGCAGCUGCAACAACAAAAAAGCUAGACUGAUUUUUGACAACGUAACUAAGCAGUUACGUUUCAAAAAUUCAGCUAGAAGUAUUAAUGCUUUCCCUUUCCUAUUACAAUCAUUAUUUACGAUCAUUAUUAUUAUUAUUUGAAUAUAUUUUAUUAACUCUAUUAAGUAUUAUUUUAAAGUUAGUUCAUUUUUUUACAUUCUUUAAAUUUAUUUGUUUAUUUAUUAUUUACUAUUAUUUUAAAUUAAGUUCAUUUUUGUUACAUUCUUUAAAUUUAUUUACUUUUUUGACCUUUUUUUCUCUUUGUUCUUUCGCGAGCAAGUCAUUAUUUUCAAGAUUUAUCCCUAUUGACCUGCAUUUUUAUUUUGAAGUUUUAAACAAUUGUAUCAAAUUUCCAACUAUGGUGCAAUCAUACUAUAUAAACACGACCUCACUAUCGGCAAUAUCUGGAGACGCAAUAUAGCUUUUGUCUUUGCUGUUUUGUUUUUAUAGCUGAUUAAACUUGAGGACUCAAUGAAGGAGUGGGUGGGGGCUAGUAAGCUUGAUAAUGAGUUCAGUUAAACGUGUGGUCUUGACUUGGUCUUGAGAGAUUUUAGGAGCCGUGAACAUGGACAAGCUAAGCAGCCUGAUGUGGCAUUGACGAUGUGCUGCCUAUGACGUUAAUGAUGACGAGGACGACAAUAAUGAUGAUGCUGAUGAUGCUGGUGCGCUGAGAAAGAGGAUGAUGAAGAUGAAGAUGAUGACGCUAACAAUGACGAUGACUCUGACGACGAUGAUAACUAUAGUAAUGUUGAUGAUCACGAUGAUGAUGACUUGCCGAAUGCUGACGAUUAUGUUCAUGACGUUGACGAUGAUGCUGAUGAUGUAACUAACGAUGAUGAUGAUGAUGACGAUGAUGAUGAUGAUGAUGAUGAUAGUGACGCUGACAAUGACGGAUGCUGA